AUGGAAAAAUCCAAAAAUUUCCGCAUCGACGCGCUGCUGGCUGUCGACCCCCCCAAGGCGGCGGCGGUGGCGGCGCAGAGCGCACCGCUCGCCCUCGUCGCCUCCUCGCUGGGUGGCAGCGCGGCGCGCGGCUCCAGCAGCUCCAGCAGCUCCAGCGGCAGCCCCCCGGCUUCCUCCUCUUCCUCCUCUUCCUCCUCUUCCUCCUCCUCCUCUUCCUCCGAGCAGCAGCAGCAGCAGCAGCCCGCCGCCGGCCCCGCCGACCGCCUCCGCGCCGACAGCCCCUCGCCGCCGCCGCCGCGCAUCCUGGCCGCCCACUGCGCCCUGGUGCCCAAGGGGGGGUUUCUGGCCUCUACCAGCGGCCACCCCCCGCACCACGCCGGGAUGGCCCUGGGACUGCACCCCGCGGCCCCCGGGGGGCCCGGCAUGCCCCCGCAGGCGGCCCUAUACGGGCACCCCAUGUACGGGUACUCGGCGCUGGGCGGGCAGCACCCGGCUCUGUCCUACUCCUACUCGCAAGUGCAAGGGGCGCACCCUUCCCACCCCGCCGCCGACCCCAUCAAGCUGAGCGCGGGCACCUUCCAGCUGGACCAGUGGCUGCGGGCAUCCACGGCCGGCAUGAUCCUGCCCAAAAUGCCCGAUUUUAACUCCCAGGCUCAGUCCAACCUGCUGGGGAAGUGCCGCCGGCCCCGCACGGCUUUCACCAGCCAGCAGCUGCUGGAGCUGGAGCACCAGUUCAAGCUGAACAAAUACCUCUCCCGGCCCAAGCGCUUCGAGGUGGCCACGUCGCUGAUGCUCACCGAGACGCAGGUGAAGAUUUGGUUCCAGAACCGGCGCAUGAAGUGGAAGCGGAGCAAGAAGGCGAAGGAGCAGGCGGCGCAGGAAGCCGAGAAGCAGAAGGGGGGAGGCGAGGACAAGGCGGACGAGGAGCUGCUGCUGCCCGCCCCCGACAAGAGCGGCGGGCGGCGGCUGCGGGAGCUGCCCGACAGCGAGCCCGACGACGACGAGGAGGAAGAGGAGGAGGAAGAAGCCGGCAGGUGCUGCCCCUACCACUCCUCCGACUGCUCCGAGGCGGACGAGGAGGACUCGCAGUCCCGGGGCCGGCACGGAGCCCCCCCGCUGGCCCCCACCCAGCCCCAGUGA